GUUUAGAUAAUCUAUUCGCUCCUUGUGCAGUGCCCUCCAACCUCGUGCCUAUCAUGAAUCCCGUCAAUCCGAAACGCCAAUUCUGACAUGUUCUAUGCUCAAAAAGUGCCGCUAUCGAUUGACAUGAUGCAUUUUCGCCAACUUGAAAUCGUCGUUGGAUCGCCCCGGGGACUUCCUGAUGUGUAUAUAUGGAGGAGUUUGUGCUAAAGUCAGCGGUCGGCAUUAUUGGUGGACUGAAGCAUUUGGCGGCCGUAGGCGUAAAAAAACCAAGAUUCUACCGCAAAAAAUAAUUUUCAAUUCUUACCUUUCUAGGUUUAUCUGUCAGGAAGGUGCUUAUCCUUUCUGGCCUAGUCUUAUCCGCAUCUUCGCCUACCGAUUGACUAUGGUCUCUUCAUCCACUUUGACGUGAGCGACCGCUUGGACUGACAAGAUUCACGCUGCCUCUUGAGGUCUACGGCAUACAUUCGGUGUACUUAUACUCGACCGUUCAUGCAUUUGACUCUGCAUUGUCCAUCAUGUACCCAAAGGUCGUCGCGCUAGCCACAGACUGGUGUAUCUUUUCAGGACACCUCGACAGGAAGACUUGGGGAAAGGGACAUGGAGCCCUCCCAAAAAUUCAAGACAACAUUCUCCGAGUGAAUGAUCACUUAGUUCGAGACCGAACCAAUGCGAACCACAAGUGUCAACUCUAUCCCGACAUCCCUCGAAUCGUGGCCGACAUCCUGAAAAACGGCGCGAAGCUAGCCAUAGUAUCCCGAAACCCUAGCAAAGACAUGAUGGACAGGGCGCUAUACUUCUUCAAAGUCAAGGAUCAACACGGAAAGGAUCGUCGCCUCAUUGAACUGGUCACUUACGACGAGGUGUACGACAAGGAUAAGACAACCCACUUCCGUGCAAUCCACGGUUACAACAAGGAACCCUACAUAGAUAUGAUUCUCUACGACCGUAUGAAGCAGAGCACCAAGGUUGAAAUGUUGCUAGGCGUGACCUUCCAGUAUUGUCCCAAUGGGUUGUCCUGGAACGUUUACCAGGAAGGGAUUGCCACCUGGCGUCGUACGAAAGCCCUUCAAAGUCCAUGGCACGGUCUCCAGCUCACUUCCUAUCCAAAGCGAAAGUUUAUUGGUUAUUCCGGGAUGGAUCUCGGCAGCAUAGAACUCCUUGAGAAGGGGGGUAGACGUCAUGACAGGAAAGAGGCGGCACGAUGGGGGUAUGCGAUGUACGUUGCAGACGACCCGCGCGUUGCCAAAUACUUCUCCGACUGGAUCAAGAAAACUGCUUUUGGUCCCCAAGCGAAGACGAUUGUCUGCGAGAUCUAUGCAAGAGACGGUGAGAAAUGGGACAAGAUGAGCAAGAUCUGGGUACCCGAUCACCGACAUGACCUGAAGACGGACGUCAGAAAAGACGAGGUGACGGUUGCGACGAGCGAGCUGAAACGCGACAGCCAGGUUGCGAAGUGGGGAGUGCACCGUCCCUACGUGCUCUUCUCCAGGCAUCCUAACAUGGGAAAACGGGAUGGACUCCAGUUCCCUAUCCCCCAGCCGCAGCGUUUUAACGAGCUGGUGAUCUAUGGCCAGACGCAGGAAAACCUCAUCGUUAUCCAACGUAUGACUGAUGCCCAACUCAACCAAGCCAUCAAGAGUAAGGUAAAUGUCCACUACGAGCAUAAGAUUCCGCAGUGGAACAUCAAGGUACCAGAGGAGACGAAGGCGGAUUUCCGAAAAUAUCAUGAACGUCCGACUCUUACUAGGCAAACUCGUUUGUGAUUGCGAAAGUCUACUCUCGAAAUUACAUUUCCCUGUUCGUCUGUGAUUUUCCAACCCGCUAUUCACAAUCUUUACGCUGGAUGCACAUGUAUAGGUAGUUUGCCCCUCUAUAUAAACUUCAUCUUUGCAAGCAAUCAUCGG